AUGUGUGCGGAGCAGUCCGUGCGCGUUGGGCAGAUCGUCAGCGCGAUAAGCGCCGCUCGGGCACGUCGUAAAUUCGAAGGGCUUUGCCGAACUCAGUUCCGAUUGUGUGCUUUAAUCAGUUAUGCAGCGCCACCCGCUCUUGUGCCUAACAGCUCUAGCUGGUUCCUGGGACUCGUCCCAAAUAUACAGAGAGGGCUAAGAGCCAUUCAUACCUACGUCAUCGUAAUAGAAUAUGCAACGAAUUAA